CCUCAGAGGAAGAAGAUUAGUUUCACCGUAGAAAUGUUCUUGUAGUGUAUAAAACGAUUUUACAAACAGUCAAAAAUAUCUGUAAUAUUCUUGUCCUCAUAGUCGUGUCUAAUUUUUGUAAGCAAGCAGGAAUAUCUGGCGGAGUAUCAUCUGAGCUGAGAUCUGCUUCUGUGAAGAUGGUGUUUGUUAAAGAGGAGAGUGAAGAGGACAUGGAUGAACCAGAACCCUGGAGAAUAAAACAGGAGGACCAAGGAGUGUUUUUAUUUUAGGCCUGAUGAAAGUGAAAGAGGAAAGACAAGAUCUGAAUGAGGUGGAGGAGAAGCAUCAGGAUCAGAAAGAUGCUGGAGAACAAUCAGUGAGUUGCUCCAAAACUGAAAAAAGUUGCUCACAAAACAACAUUGAAAUUUCAGAAGUUGAAAAGCCUUUCAGUUGCUCUCAGUGUGGAAACACUUUCAAACAAAAAAGAAGCCUUAUGUACCACACAUUAGUUCAUGCUGGAAUAAAACCAUUCAGCUGCUCUGAGUGUGGUAAGAGUUUUACACAGAAAAAACUACUUAAUGAUCAUGCUCGUAUUCACUCUUCGGUAAAGCCUUUUAGCUGCUCUCAGUGUGGAAGCACUUUCACACGUAAAGCAAGUCUUAACAAUCACAUGAUAAUUCAUAGUGGGAAAAUGCCUUUCAGCUGCUCUCAGUGUGGAAACACUUUCAAACAGAAAAGAAGUCUUAUGUACCACAUGUUAGUUCAUGCUGGAAUAAAGCCUUUCACCUGCUCUGAGUGUGGAAAGAGUUUUACACAGAAAAAACAACUUACUGAGCAUGUGCGUAUUCACGCGUCAGAAAAGCCUUUCACCUGUUCUCAGUGUGGAAGCACUUUCACGCGUAAAGCGAGCCUGAACAAUCACAUGAUAAUUCAUAGCGGGGAAAAGCCUUUCAGCUGCUCUCAGUGUGGAAACACUUUCACACGUAAAGGAAGCCUAAAGAAUCACAUGCUGAUUCACAAUGGGAUAAAGCCUUUCGUCUGCUCUCAGUGUGGGAAGAGUUUUAUUCAGAAAGGACACCUUAAGGUUCAUUUGGUAACUCACACUUCGGAAAAGCCUUUCAGCUGCUCUCAGUGUGGAAACACUUUCAGUCGUAAAGAAUGUCUUAAAAUUCACAUGUUAGUUCAUACUGGGAAAAAGCCUUUUACUUGCCUUCAGUGUGGAAUCAGUUUCACCUAUAAACAAGGAUUUAAUAGUCACAUGAGAAUUCACACUGAAGCUAUGUCAUCUGUGUCAGAAGAGCUUUAAAUGGAAAGCUGGACUCAGAUCUCAUCUUCAUCGUUCUCAUUCUGCCGUGAGAAAAUUGAACUGAACUGGACAGAGAGUUCCGAGGACUGACUCUUUGAAAAGACCCCAGAAAAUAAUGCUUGAGAGAGUGAAAACUCUCUGUGCUGUGAGUGUGGGAAGAGCUUUGAUACAGGCGAGUGCUCGCCACAGAAAAUAUGGCAGCAACUGUGACUGAAAUACAGUGCAGCAAAUUUAGGUCCAUAUUUAAGAGUACAUUUUCUCUCAGAAUCUUGACUUUGUCCCGGAGGUAAACAGACAUUAAGUUGAUUCUGACUCAUUUUUCUGACUUCAGUUGCAAGGUGGAGAACAAUUUUUAAUUGAUGAUACAUUUCAGUUUCUGUCAAACAUAUUAAUUACAUUGUGGAGUUAAUUUGUGCUUAGGCUUCUUCAUAUUUCAAAUAUGUCUUGUGUCCCCCUUUGCUUGCCUCAGUGUUUUGUCAGCUACUUUAAUAAAAAAAGUUUCACAGUUAGAAAAUGGUUUCAUUUUUCUUAUUGCAUAAUUCCAUAAAACAAUUUUUGAAAUAUUAAAGCCAUAGAUGAUAUCCACCUACUUCUUCCUGUAAGAGUGUAAAUUUUAUGGAUGU